AUGCAGGUCACCUCAGGACUGAGCAUAUUUCCUAAGCAAGAAAAGCUGAAUUCACUAUUAGUUCACUAUGCACAGGUGUUCCAAGAGGGAAUUGGGACUCUCAAACAUAUCAAGGCACACAUUGCAGUGGAAGAGGAUGCACAGCCAAAGUUCCAUAAGGCUCGCCCUGUACCAUAUGCUAUUCGCCCUAAGGUUGAGGCAGAGCUCAAGCGUUUAGAAGGACAGGGUGUCCUCUCCAAAGUCAAUUGGUCUGAGUGGGCAACACCCAUCGUGUCUGUGAUCAAGAAAAAUGGUGCUGUACGUAUCUGUGGUGACUUUAAAGUCACAAUAAAUCCUGUACUAUAUGUCGACCAAUAUCCUCUACCACGCAUAGAGGAUAUCUUUGCCUCACUUGCUGGUGGCGAGUACUUUUCAAAGAUAGAUUUGUCCCAAGCAUAUUUACAGAUGGAAUUAGAGGAGUCAUCUAAAAAGUACCUCACUAUUAAUACUCACAAGGGACUCUUCCGUUAUAACAGACUGGUUUUUGGAGUUUCGUCUGCUCCUGCUAUGUGGCAGAGAGCAAUGGAUCAGGUGCUACAGGGCAUCCCUGGUACUCAGUGUUACUUAGAUGACAUAACUGUAACUGGUACAGAUAAUAGUGCACAUCUGACGAACCUUGAAGCAGUCCUUACUAGGCUGUCAGAAUUUGGACUGAAAGCAAAUAAAAGUAAAUGCCAAUUCUUUAGGGACUCCUUAGAAUACUGUGGACAUAUUAUUGAUAAGAAUGGCCUCCAUAAAUCCCCAGACAAGAUUGAUGCUGUCCUGAAGGCACCUCAGCCUGAAAAUGUGACCCAGUUACGUUCUUUCCUGGACCUUGUAAAUUACUACCAUCGAUUUUUGCCAAAUCUUUCAACAGUGUUGCAUCCACUAAACUGUUUGCUACAAAAAGGAAGCAAAUGGGAAUGGUCACAAGAUUGUGAACAAGUGUUUAAUACUGCCAAACAGCUGAUUACAUCUGAUGAAGUGCUGACACAUUUUAAUCCAAAGUUGCCAUUGCGCCUGGCUUGCGAUGCAUCACCUUAUGGCAUUGGUGCUGUUCUUUCUCAUAAGAUGCUUGAUGGCACAGAACGACCAAUUGCUUUUGCAUCAAGGUCUCUAAGUCCUGCUGAAAAGAAUUAUGCACAGAUAGACAGGGAAGGUCUAAGCCUAGUGUGGACGGUAAAGAAAUUUAAUCAAUACCUAUAUGGUAAACAUUUCACAUUAGUUACUGAUCAUCAGCCCUUAAUUGCUAUUUUCAAUCCUCAUAAGUGUGUUCCAACCAUGGCUGCAGCACGCUUACAACGAUGGUCUUUGUUUUUAGGCGACCAUGACUACCAAAUUGAAUUCAGAGGCACAAAACAACAUGCAAAUGCAGAUGGACUUUCCCGUCUACCUUGCGAGUUUAAGGGAACUCAAAACCUUUCCGAUCCAGCUGAAAUUUUCCAUCUAACACAACUGGAGCCCUUACCCAUUACAAGUGCUCAAAUUCAGAAAGAGACAAGUCGAGAUCCCACUAUGGCCAAAUUAUUUGUCUUGAUAAUAAAAGGUUGGCCUUCUAGAAGUGAUGCUGAUCUCCCUGAGUACUCAAAUCGACGUGAGCAGUUAUCAGUUUGUCAAGGAUGCAUUAUGUGGGGCACAAGAGUGAUUGUACCACCCAAACUUCAUACAAAAAUACUUGAGGCACUUCAUGAAGGUCAUUUAGGUGUUGUAAAGAUGAAAAGCUUAGCCCAAAGCUACAUAUGGUGGCCUGGAAUUGACCUUCAAAUAGAGAAUCUGGCCAAGUCAUGCACAGGAUGCCAACAGACUCGGCGACAGCCCCAAAGACUUCCAGAACAACUAGUCAGUGACAAUGGAACUCAGUUUACAUCUGCUGAGUUCCAGGCAUUUGUAAAAAAGAAUGGCAUUAAGCACAUCACCUCUGUUCCUUACCAUCCUGCAACAAAUGGUCUAGCUGAAUGUUUUAUUCAGUCCUUCAAACUAUCUAUGAAAGCCAUGGAAAAGGAAAAAGAGUCGCUACAUAUGAAAAUUGCAAGCUUCCUUCUAGCCUAUCGAAACACAGCUCACUCAACCACAGUGCUUGCUAGAGACUACCGACACUCAAAUCAGAAAUGGCAACCUGGUACGAUUGUGUCAAAGACUGGUCCACUGACAUACACAGUGCAGGUGGGGCAUGAUACAGUCUGGCGCAGACAUAUCGACCAGCUUCUAGAUGCACAAGCUCAGGAAGACACAUCACAAGACAAGGCUGAGGAGCUGAUCAUUCCUCAGAACUCAAAUGAGUUUACCUUCUUGACACCUGAUUCAUCCCUUGCUGCUGGUGAAUCUCAGCCUCAAGAAUCUGCUGAAUCAACCUCAUCUCAAAUGUCUGCUCCACCUACACAAGAAAGACGCUAUCCUGAGAGGAUUCGUAAACCUCCUGAAAGGUUGAACUUGUCGUCGAUAUUAAUGUACUAA